AUGGCUCCAAUUGCUGCAAUUUCACCAGAUUCGAAUAUUCAUACACCACCAGAUCUCGACCCUGUAUAUUCAAAACUUAAGCAGAGAUUAGUCAGAAAGCAGGAUGUUUCUGCAGUCAAGGAGUCCUGGAAGAGACUUUUGAUAGCUCUUGAAAGCGAAGUUACCAAGAUUUCUACGCAGGGUUCUUCGUAUGUCCCACUGGUUCAAUGGGAAGAUAUUCGCAAGAACAACUACCAAAUCCCAGAUUCAGCUUCAAAGUUAUUCAAAGAAAGAGGUGCCCUUAUGGUCAAAGGAUUAGUUGAUGAGCAAAAGAUUGACAAGUGGUUUCAUGAGUUAACAGACUUUUGCAAAGAGCAUCCUGAAACUGCUGGUUACACCUACCCUAACCCUGCUGCAUGGUACAAUUUGUUCUGGACCAAACCCCAAUCAGAAGCAAGGAACCACGACAACGUUCGCAAGCUAUUUAAGGCAAUGUCGAACCAAUUCUAUGUCGAAGAUGAAGAAAAUUCCUUGAUUGACCUUGACACAAACAUUGUGUACGGAGAUCGUAUCAGGAUUAGAGAACCUGGCCAGUCUGCAGCAUUAAAGUUGCAUCUUGACUCUGGAUCUAUCGAGAGAUGGGAAGAUGAAAAGUAUAGAGCCACUUACAAGGAAAUCUUUGAGGGUAACUGGGAAGACUGGGAUCCAUUCAAGUUGGACGAAAGGCAGUUUGCUCAUGAGGAUUUGUACACCUACUUAGAUACAAAAAGACCAACCAUUUGUUCGUCUUUCCGUACUUUACAAGGAUGGUUGGCAUUAAGUAACAAUAAGACUGGGGAAGGAACUUUAAAGGUCUUGCCUAGCUUGAAAUUGGCAAUCACUUACGUUCUCCUUAGACCAUUAUUUUGGAAAGAUCCCGAAUCUGGUAAUUUGGAUGACUAUGAGAUCGACUUGGAAACACCAAAAUUCCCAGGUGCCACUCCAUCUACUGGUCAGUUGUUUUUGCUAGAUGAGUUUUACCCACAUCUUAAUCAAGCCAAGUCAGUCGUAGGAAUUCCAGACGUUAACAAGGGUGACUUUGUAUUCUGGCAUGCUGAUAUUCUCCAUGAAGUGGAUAAGGAGCACAAUGGAAGUGGGCACUCCAGUGUCUUUUACUAUGGUGUUACACCAUUGUCGAUUACGAACAUCCCCACCUUACUUGAUACUAAGGAUGCGUUUACAAGAAAUGUGUCUCCAGAGGACUAUCGGUCACAACUUCCUAAAGAUACUGUAGAAUUCCAGGGAGCAGAUGUGAAAGAUAUUCCAGAUAGAGAAGGUUUGCAAUCCAUGGGUUUAGAGGAAUUUGACAUCACUGAUGAUUUAAAGCCAAAUCAAAGGAAGAUCAGGCAAAUAGCCAACGAUGCAUUGAAGAGCGGGAAGUUCGAAUUGUCGAAAUAUUUGAGCUAG